AUGACAGUGGUUAAGGGAUUAGAAGGACACGGAGAAAUUGCAGCCCCUCAGGAUAGAUCUUCUAUACAAGCUGCACAAGAUGCCGACCUGAUGCAAGAUAGCACACUCACUUUUCCAACAUCCUCAGUCCCUCUGAAGAGAAGAUCAAAACUGGUGACAAAGAUCCAUGAAGGCGAGCCUAAAACCCAAAGUUAUCAAAUUGCCAUAACCAUUAUCGAAGCCCGACAACUGGUGGGAGAAAACAUCGAUCCAGUUGUGAUCAUUGAGAUUGGGGAUGAGAAGAAGCAAACCACCGUCAAAGAAGGAACGAACAGCCCAUUUUACAAUGAAUAUUUCGUGUUUGACUUCAUCGGGCCCCAAGUACAUCUUUUUGACAAAAUUAUCAAAAUCUCAGUUAUGCACAACAAACUCAUAGGAAGUCUGCUGAUAGGAUCCUUUAAAGUAGAUCUGGGAACAGUUUACAACCAGCCAGGUCACCAGUUUUGUGAUAAGUGGGCCCUUCUCACAGACCCAGCUGAUAUCAGGACUGGGACCAAGGGGUAUCUGAAAUGUGAUAUCAGUGUGGCUGGGAAAGGAGACAUCCUGAAGGCCAAUCCCAAAACCUCUGAUGCUGAAGAACAGAUAGAAAAGAACCUUUUGGUCCCACAAGGAUUCCCCUCUGAGAGACCUUGGGCCAGAUUCUACGUGAGACUUUAUCGAGCAGAGGGCCUGCCCAAAAUGAAUUCUAGCAUCAUGGCCAAUGUCACCAAAGCAUUCGUGGGAGACAGCAAGGACCUGGUAGAUCCCUUUGUGGAAGUCACGUUUGCAGGCCAGGUGGGGAGGACUACAGUGAAGAAAAAUUGUGCAGAUCCUGUGUGGCAUGAACAGAUCAUCUUCAAAGAAAUGUUCCCUCCCUUGUGUCGAAGAGUUAAAAUCCAGGUGUGGGAUGAAGGCAGCGUGAAUGAUGUGGCCUUGGCAACACACUUCAUUGAUUUGAAGACAAUCGCUAAUGAGCAGGAUGGAGAUAAAGGUUUCCUGCCCACCUUUGGACCUGCUUGGAUCAACCUGUAUGGCUCUCCCAGGAACCACAGCCUGAUGGAUGAUUACCAGGAACUGAAUGAAGGCUUUGGAGAAGGGGUCUCAUUUAGGGGCCGCAUCCUGAUAGAAGUUGCUGUGGAGAUUCUCUCGGGUGGGACACAGGAGUCUAAGUUUUCAAAGGCCCUGAAGGACCUCAAGCUCUCUAAAGACAAGGCUUCCAAAGGCUCGGGAAAGGACAAGACAGACAAAUCGGAGGAAGGAAGAGCACACCCGCCUUCAGAUAAGACCAAUUCAACAGAGGCUGAAGUAGAGCCUUUUGACGUGCCACCAGAGAUUGUAUCAGAAAAAUAUGAAGAUUUCCUACUCUUUGGAGCAUUUUUUGAAGCCACUAUGAUUGACCGGAAAAUUGGAGACAAACCUAUUAGCUUUGAGGUUUCUGUAGGUAACUUUGGAAAUCUGAUUGAUGGGGGUUCUUACCACGGGAGUAAGAAGAAAUCUCCAGAAACAUCAGAAGAGGAGAAAGCACCUCUGCUACAGGAAGGCGACACAGAUGCUGCCCAUGACAUUGCCAUCCCUACCAUGUCCACCACACACCCUGAGAAGCCCCUGGUGACAGAAGGGAACAGGAAUUAUCACUACUUGCCAUUUGAAGCCAAGAAGCCAUGUGUCUACUUCAUGAGCUCAUGGGGAGAUCAGACCUUCAGGCUCCAUUGGUCCAAUAUGCUGGACAAAAUGGCAGACAGCCUAGAAGAAAGUAUAGAAGAAGCAAAAGAAUUGAUCAAAGUUUCAGAGGAGGAAUCAGAAGGGAAAAUAAAGGCUGCUCUCAACAACUUUAUCAGUCAAAGCAGUGCCUUCAUCUCUCAAGCAGAAAAGAAGCCCAAAAUGUUGAAUGAGACGACUUUGGACAAGAAACGGCUCAAGCUAUGUUGGCAAGAACUGGAAGCAAUGGCCACUGAUGCAAAAGGGCUUGUCCAGCAGCAAAAGAAGAAGAUGUCUAUAGAUGAAUUGAUUAAUGAGGCUCAGAACUUUGUGGACAAAAUCCGGUUCUUGGUUGAUGAGCCACAACAUACGAUCCCUGAUGUUUUCAUUUGGAUGCUCAGCAAUAACAAACGGGUGGCCUAUGCACGGAUUUCAUCCAAAGACCUGCUCUAUUCCCCUAUCAAUGAGCAGAGAGGAAAACACUGCGGGAAACUUCAAACUCAUUUUCUGAAACUUCCAGGACGACGGCUGGCAGGUUGGAGCGUGCAAGGGAAAGUGGAUGUAUACCUUUGGCUAGGGUCUGUCAAGUACUCCAAUGCCAUUUUGGACAACUUGCCUAUGGGAUAUGAAACUGAGACACCAACCAAAGCCAGUGGUACCAGUUAUCCCCCCACCAGCUUAAUCUAUCAGGCCCAGCACAUCUUCCAGUUAAGAGCACAUAUGUACCAGGCCAGAGGACUCAUAGCUGCAGAUAGCACUGGACUCUCCGAUCCCUUUGCCAAAGUCACCUUUCUUUCACACUGUCAGACCACAAAGGUUAUUUCCCAGACCUUGUCCCCCACCUGGAACCAGAUGUUGCUGUUCAACAACAUUGUGUUUUAUGGGGACCAGAGGGAAGUGGCUGAAUCCCCUCCUCUGGUCGUGGUGGAGCUGUAUGACAGUGAUGCUGUGGGGAAGCCAGAAUAUUUAGGCUCUACUGUGGCUGCUCCCAUUGUGAAGCUUGUGGACCAUGAGUAUGAACCACCCAGACUUUCCUAUCACCCAAUUUUUUGUGGUCAUUUGGAUGGAGGGGACCUCCUCGCAGUGUUUGAACUUUUGCAAGUUCCUUCCUCGGGUCCACAAGAUCUUCCUCCCAUUGACCCACCUGAUGUCACCCAGAUCUAUCCAGUCCCUGCCAACAUCCGUCCUGUGCUGAGUACAUAUAGAGUAGAGGUUCUCUUCUGGGGUGUUCGUGAAAUGAAGAAAGUUCAGCUCCUGUCAGUGGAUCGCCCUCAGGUUCUCAUAGAAUGUGCUGGGAAAGGAGUCAAAUCCUGUGUGAUCCAGAGCUACAAGAACAAUCCCAACUUCAAUGUCCAAGUGGACUGGUUUGAAGUGGAACUUCCUGAGAAUGAGCUCCUCCACCCACCUCUGAGCAUCUGUGUGGUGGACUGGAGAGCUUUUGGGAGGAGCACUCUUGUGGGUACCUAUACUAUCAACUGUCUCAAGCAAUUUCUGUGCAAAUCCAGGGAGCUCCCAGUCCUGGUCUCUGAGGUAAAUGCAGCCCAACAAGUUCAAGCUGUACCUGAUAUAGCAGCAGAGUCUGACCCAUCUGGGUCACUUAUGUCAUCCCAGGACUCCCCACCAGAUCAUAUCUAUGUUCAGGUUGAGCAGCCACCCACUAUUGUACCAGACACAGCCCAGGUUCAGACAGCCAGCAUGGUUCUCUAUGACGUCCCUGACUCCUCCCCGAUGCUGGGGCCAGAAGCAAAGCCUGUAGCUCCUGAGCAACCAAAGGAGCCAAAAGUCAAGGAUGGCAGGAAACCUUCCAGGAAAUCCACCAAAAGGAGAAAGAGGACCAUAGCGGAUGAGUCUGCAGAAAAUGUUAUCGAUUGGUGGUCCAAGUAUUAUGCUUCUCUGAAGAAAGCAUCAAAGGAAAAAGAAAGAAAAGACAACAGAGAUACCAAAACAGACCAGGUGGUAGUGACUAUAGAAGACAUGCCGAAGAAGAAGAAAGAUAAAAUAUUCAAGAAGAAACCAAAGGAAGAAAACAUAUCAAACCUAGCCACCCUGAAGAUAUAUGAUGGAGAUCUGGAGAGUGAAUUUAGCAAUUUUGAAGACUGGGUGAAAACCUUUGAGCUCUUCAGAGGCAAGUCCAUGGAAGAUGAUCACAGUAUUGAUGGAGACAGAGUAAUAGGGAAAUUCAAGGGCUCGUUCUGCAUUUACAAAAGUCCAGAGGAUCCCAGCCUAGAGAAUGGAGGGCAGUUUCAAGUCCAGCAGGGGAUACCACCAAAUCACUCUAUCAAAGUCCUGAUCAGGGUGUAUAUUGUUGCUGCAUUUAACCUCAGCCCAGCUGAUCCAGAUGGUAAAUCUGAUCCUUAUAUUGUACUAACCCUUGGCAAAACUGAAAUUAAGGACCGGGACAAAUAUAUCCCCAAACAACUUAAUCCAGUAUUUGGAAGAUCAUUUGAGAUUCAGGCUACAUUUCCGAAAGAGACUUUGCUCACAGUCCGAAUAUAUGACUAUGACAUGAUUGGGUCAGAUGACCUCAUUGGAGAGACCAAAAUUGACCUGGAGAACCGCUUCUAUAGUAAGCACCGAGCAAUCUGUGGCUUGCAGAGCCAGUAUGAGAUAGAAGGUUACAAUGCCUGGAGGGACACAUCUAAACCCACUGAAAUACUCACCAAGCUCUGCAAAGACAACAAGCUGAUUGGACCUUACUUUCGACCUGGAGAGAUCCAGGUUGGAAACCAGGUCUUCUCUGGGAAAACAGUCUUCACUGAGGAGGGCACUGACGAGACUGUUGAAUCUUAUGAGCACUUGGCACUCAAGGUUUUACAUUCCUGGAAUGAAAUCGCAGAGGUUGGAUGUAAGCUUGUUCCAGAGCACAUAGAAACCCGACCUCUGUAUCACAAGGAUAAGCCAGGAAUUGAACAGGGUCGCCUGCAGAUGUGGGUGGACAUGUUUCCCAAAGAUAUGCCUCCACCAGGACCACCUGUUGACAUCUCCCCAAGGAAGCCAAAAGGUUAUGAAUUGAGGGUAAUAAUCUGGAAUACAGAAGAUGUCAUUUUGGAGGAUGAAAAUAUCUUCACAGGACAAAAAUCAAGUGAUAUUUAUGUUAAAGGGUGGUUAAAAGGCAUGGAAGAUGAUAAGCAGGAGACUGACGUGCAUUAUAACUCUCUGACUGGAGAAGGCAACUUCAACUGGCGGUUCCUGUUUCCAUUUCAAUAUCUCCCUGCUGAGAAGCAACUGGUCAUCUCCAAAAGGGAAAACAUCUUUUCUUUAGAGAAGACAGAGCAGAAAAUUCCAGCUGAACUUGUUCUCCAAGUGUGGGAUUUUGAAAGGCUUUCCUCCGAUGAUUUCCUCGGCUCUCUAGAAAUGAACCUCAAUGGCUUCCCUCGAGCAGCAAAAUCUGCCAAGGCCUGUGAUCUUCCCAAAUCUGGCAACUUGAGUGAGGAAAACAAAAUCUCAAUAUUCCAGCAGAAAAGGGUGAGGGGCUGGUGGCCUUUUGCCAAAGCUGGAGAGCUCACUGGUAAAGUAGAAGCUGAAUUCCAUUUAGUCACUGCUGAGGAAGCUGAAAAAAACCCUGUCGGCAAAGCUCGGAAAGAACCAGAACCCCUGGACAAACCCAACCGCCCAGACACCUCCUUCUCCUGGUUCGUGAGCCCCUUCAAGUGCCUGUACCACCUCAUCUGGAAGAAUUACAAGAAGUACAUCAUCAUUGCCUUCAUACUGAUCAUCCUUAUUGUCUUCCUGGUGCUGUUCAUCUACACACUGCCUGGAGCCAUCAGCCGCAAGAUUGUCAUAGGCUCAUAG